UGGAAUAAACAAACAGAAGGGAAAGAAAGAAGGGAUGGGAAGGGGGUGAGGUCAAAUGAUGGCCUUGCACCAGAGGGAGGAGCUUCAGCUUGACCCUCUGUGCACUGAGACCCUUGUGUGUUCCUGGUAAGAGAAGUGUCUUGAGGCCAGGAGGGGAGCUUAUUGCCACCUCCAGAGCAGCCCAUCGCCCCAGUCACUUCCAUCCCUCUACCUCGUCUCCUCCCUGACCUCUGCCCCGGCACCCCCAUCCCUCGUGGCUGAGACACCAGGGCUAAGAUGAGAAUGACAGCUGCCCAGUUUUGCUGCAGGAAAACCCGUAUUUAAUGCUGAAGGGGAACCACCAGGAGAUGGAAGGCAAUGACCGCUACGAGGGCUUCUGUGUGGACAUGCUCAAGGAGCUGGCAGAGAUCCUCCGGUUCAACUACAAGAUCCGCCUGGUCGGGGAUGGUGUGUACGGUGUUCCUGAGGCCAAUGGCACCUGGACGGGAAUGGUCGGGGAGCUGAUCGCUAGGAAAGCAGACCUGGCUGUGGCAGGCCUCACCAUUACUGCUGAACGGGAGAAGGUGAUUGAUUUCUCCAAGCCAUUCAUGACUCUGGGAAUUAGCAUUCUUUACCGAGUUCAUAUGGGGCGCAAACCUGGCUAUUUCUCCUUCCUGGACCCAUUUUCUCCAGGCGUCUGGCUCUUCAUGCUUCUAGCCUAUCUGGCCGUCAGCUGCGUCCUCUUCCUGGUGGCUCGGUUGACCCCCUACGAGUGGUACAGCCCACACCCCUGUGCCCAAGGCCGGUGCAACCUCCUGGUGAAUCAGUACUCCCUUGGCAACAGCCUCUGGUUUCCCGUUGGGGGAUUCAUGCAGCAGGGGUCCACCAUCGCCCCCCGAGCCUUAUCCACCCGCUGUGUCAGUGGCGUCUGGUGGGCAUUCACGCUGAUCAUCAUCUCAUCCUACACGGCCAACCUAGCAGCCUUCCUGACUGUGCAACGCAUGGAUGUGCCCAUUGAGUCAGUGGAUGACCUGGCUGACCAGACCGCCAUUGAGUAUGGCACAAUUCACGGAGGCUCCAGCAUGACCUUCUUCCAAAAUUCCCGCUAUCAGACCUACCAGCGCAUGUGGAAUUACAUGUAUUCUAAGCAGCCAAGCGUGUUUGUGAAGAGCACAGAGGAGGGGAUCGCCAGGGUGUUGAAUUCCAACUACGCCUUCCUUCUGGAAUCUACCAUGAAUGAGUACUACCGGCAGCGAAACUGCAACCUCACUCAGAUUGGGGGCCUGCUGGACACCAAGGGCUAUGGGAUUGGCAUGCCAGUCGGUUCGGUUUUCCGGGAUGAGUUCGACCUGGCCAUUCUCCAGCUGCAGGAGAACAACCGCCUCGAAAUUCUGAAGCGUAAAUGGUGGGAAGGCGGCAAGUGCCCCAAGGAGGAAGAUCACAGAGCCAAAGGACUGGGAAUGGAGAAUAUUGGUGGAAUCUUUGUGGUUCUUAUUUGUGGCUUAAUCGUGGCCAUUUUUAUGGCUAUGUUGGAGUUUUUAUGGACCCUCCGACACUCGGAAGCUACUGAGGUGUCCGUCUGCCAGGAGAUGGUGACCGAGCUCCGCAGCAUCAUCCUGUGUCAGGACAGUGUCCACCCCCGCCGGCGGCGCGCUGGGGUGCCUCCGCCCCGGCCCCCCGGCCCCGAGGAGCGCCGGCCGCGGGGCACCGCCACGCUCAGCAAUGGCAAGCUGUGCGGGGCCGGGGAGCCGGACCAGCUGGCGCAGAGACUGGCCCAGGAGGCCGCCCUGGUGGCCCGCGGCUGCACACACAUCCGCGUCUGCCCCGAGUGCCGCAGGUUCCAGGGCCUGCGGGCGCGUCCGUCGCCUGCCCGCAGCGAGGAGAGCCUGGAGUGGGAAAAGACCACCAACAGCAGCGAGCCCGAGUAGCCUCGGGGGCCGCCGGACGCGGAGGCCAGGUGGGGAGGCGGGAGGGCCGGGGGGCAGAUGCUGCGCUCCGCAGGGAGCCCGGACUUGUACAGCGUCCACGCUUCUCUCCGGAGCCUGGAUCCAGGAACUUGACACACAGAUCGGAGAGCCUGACGCCCCAGCCAGAGCCAGCGCCCUGGUCCGGGAGCUGGGUCCACCCAGAGACGUUGCACCCCGAGUGGCGAGGGGACGCCAGCCCUCCCGACCGCAAGGACCCACCUUCUCCCAGUGGGCCUUUCCCUCCCGCCAAAAUUACAGAGUCUGGGGUGGGGGGCCUUGACCAGACCUGUCCAAUGAAUUGGUGGAACCAUCAGUGGAAUUCUCCCCUAGGAAGGGGCCAUUGUACCUUGGGUCUAGUUCUUACAGGAAAACAAACAAAUUAAACUAAACAGGGAAGUUUU